AUGAGCGAUCGCAACGGUGCGUGGGGUGCGCUGACCGCAGUGGAGUCCUUGUCGGAGCGCCUUGGCGACAUUCUGGCGGAUGUGUCGCGCAACUCGGAUUGGGCAGAUGAUGAGGCGUCUAAUGCGCCUGCGGAGGCCUCGACGGGGGCCCCGCUGCACGAAUCGCGCUACGAUGUGCAGGUGACGCUGGCGGACCAGCAGGCGGACCCGAACUCGCCACUGUAUUCGGUCAAGUCGUUUGAUGACCUGGGUCUACACAGCGACCUGCUCAAAGGCAUUUAUUCGAUGAAGUACACCAAGCCGUCCAAGAUCCAGGAGCGAGCGCUCCCGCUGCUGCUGCAGAACCCGCCGCGCAACAUGAUCGGGCAGUCGCAGUCAGGUACCGGCAAGACGGCCGCCUUUGUGCUGACGAUGCUCUCGCGCAUUGAUUUCAGCAUGGAAAAGCCGCAGGCGAUUGCGCUGGCGCCGUCGCGCGAGCUCGCGCGCCAGAUUAUGGAUGUGGUACAGGCCAUGGGCAAGUUCACGCCGGUCAAGACGGCUUUUGCCAUUCCCGAUGCACUCAAGCGUGGGGAGAAGGUGCACGCACACCUCGUCGUGGGCACGCCGGGCAAGACGUUCGAUCUGAUCAAGACGCGCGCGCUCGACCCGAGUGCGGUCAAGGUGUUCGUGCUGGACGAGGCCGACAAUAUGCUCGACCAGCAGGGCCUGGGCGAGCAGAGUAUCCGCGUGAAGAACACGAUGCCCAAGUCGUGCCAGCUUGUGCUGUUCUCCGCGACGUUCCCCGAGCAUGUGUAUGCAUUUGCGACCAAGUUUGCGCCGAACGCCAACGAGAUCCGACUCAAGCAGGAGGAGCUCAGCGUGGAGAGCAUCAAGCAGUUCUACAUGGACUGCAAGUCAGAGGAGCACAAGUACGAGGUGCUCGUCGAGCUGUACAACCUGCUCACGAUUGGGCAGAGCAUUAUCUUCUGUGCCAAGCGUGAGACUGCAGACAAGAUCGCCCAGCGCAUGACGGCCGAGGGCCACCGAGUUGACUCGCUGCACGGCAAACUCGACACAGCCGCGCGUGACCGCACGAUUGACGAGUUCCGCACGGGCAAGUGCAAGGUCCUCAUCGCUACGAACGUCAUCGCGCGCGGCAUAGAUAUCCAGCAGGUCACCCUCGUGAUUAACUACGACAUGCCACUUACACAGCGCGGCGAGCCGGACGCUGAGACGUAUCUGCACCGCAUUGGACGCACCGGCCGCUUUGGGCGCAAGGGUGUCUCGAUCAACUUUGUGCACGAUGCCACGUCGCGGAAGCACAUGGAGACCAUCGAAAAGGCCUUGCACUGCCACAUCGUCGGCGUACAGACGGACGAUCUUGAGGCUAUGGAGGCCACGAUCAAGGAGGGUGCGUCGCGCUAG